CCAAUAAUCGCAAUAUGAAUAAAAAAUAAUAUGUUCAAUCACAGAACCAUAGUCUAUGGCCGUUCCUGAGACAUUUUGCUGCUGAUAAAAUAUACUAUACUCGUUCUCGUUCAUAUCUCGUCGCAAAAUAGCACACAAACGUAUUGCAAAAUAUUGCGUCACGCGAUUUCGUGUCGCCUGAGUAGGUACGGUUAUGUUUGAUUAUCUUACCACAACAACGUGAUAAAGAUUGUCAAGAUAUAAUGUCGUUCUAAUACUCAACAACCUGCGUCUCAAACCAUACAGACACAUUUUUCCUCUAUGAUGAUUUUUAAGCACGGUUUUACGUUUGUUUCUUAACAUUUUAUUGUUUCAAUUACGUGCAAUUUCAUCGAAGUUUAAUGUUCACGUUUGGUGAGAGAGAAAGAAAGAGAGAAAUAGAAAUCUGUUACAAUUACGUAUAAUCCGAAUCUAACAUUGUAUAUAUAAUGACGACGAACAUAAUUACGUCUCUGACCAAGAGAACCGCACCGAAAUUUUAUUACUUAUGUCGUCACGGAUCUACAUCCGCAAGUACCAAUCAAUAUGGCGCGUACGAUCUGGUGAUUGUUGGCGGUGGUAUCGUCGGGUGUGCCACCGCCCGCGAAGUAAUUAUGAGACAUCCGAAAAUGAAAAUAGCUAUUGUGGAAAAAGAACCUGGUCUAGCUUUUCAUCAAACGGGGCACAACAGCGGCGUAAUUCAUUGCGGCAUUUAUUAUAAACCUGAAAGUAUGAAGGCGAAGCUUUGUGUAGAAGGAAUGAAGCUUUCAUAUGAGUAUCUCUGUAAAAAGAACAUACCUCACAAGAAGAUCGGAAAGCUGAUCGUUGCGCAAAAUCCAGAUCAAGUCAAAAGACUAGACGAGCUUUUCAGUCGAGGUACAAAGAACAAUGUACCGGAUCUUCAGAUCGUUGAAAAAGAUUGCAUAUCGAAAUACGAACCUAAGUGUCAGGGAGAAAAAGCUAUAUGGUCACCGUGGACCGGUAUAGUCGAUUGGGCGGUCGUGUGUAAGUCGUUCGCCGAGGAUUUUCAGAAAAUGGGAGGUGACAUUUUUCUCAAUUUCGAAGUAACUGGCUUCACAGAAAUGACGGAAUCGACAAAGCAACUAGAACUUUCGCCCAUAGUCGUCCAAUCCAAAAAACGAUGCAUACCGACGAAAUACGCGCUCACAUGCGCUGGUUUGCAUUCGGACCGUUUGGCAGUGAUGACAGGCUGCGAUCUGAGUCCGCGGAUAAUACCCUUUCGCGGCGAGUAUCUUCUUCUGAACGAAAACAAGAAGCAUCUCAGCACGACCAAUGUGUAUCCGGUACCUGAUCCCAGAUUUCCAUUUCUCGGUGUACAUUUCACACCCAGAAUGAACAGCGACAUCUGGCUGGGUCCCAACGCUGUUCUCGCGCUCGCAAGAGAAGGUUACAGCUGGUUCAACAUUAAUAUAAAAGACUGCGUAGAAAUGGCAAAAUUUCCUGGUUUAUACAAGCUGUGCUUUCGAUAUUUCCUGCCAGGCUGCAACGAGACUAUAAAGUCGAUUUUUUAUCCUCUAGCAGUGAGAGAUCUCCAAAAGUUUAUUCCCGAAAUUUCAUACAGAGACGUAAGAAGAGGACCAGCUGGCGUGAGAGCACAAGCGCUAGAUAAGAAUGGCAAUCUAGUCGAUGAUUUUGUUUUUGACAAAGGUAUCGGCGUAAUAGGCAGCAGAGUGUUGCACUGUCGAAAUGCGCCGUCGCCUGCUGCGACUAGUAGUUUAUCAAUAGCAAAACACAUCGCCAAUAAGCUCGACACCGACUUCAAACUGUAACAUAUACAUCUUGGCAUAAAUACUUUACAUAUUAAACCAAAACUAAGCCAAAUAUGCAUUUAAAAGAAAUUUUAUGUAAAGAAGCUAUUUUUAUUUCAAAAAUAUAUUUUUACAAUGAUGUUUGA